CUUCUUCUUGCUUCUUCUACACAAUCUUCUUUUCCUCCAAAUUUGGGUUUUUGUUCAUCCCCUUCCUCAAUUUUGACGGGUCCAUUUGGUUUCCUUAUAUUCUCUCCUCUCUGUACUACUUGAAGAAUUCUUUUGCUUAGGGCUUUUUAAAAUUCUCAAUAUUUUUUCUCUGGUUCAGAUGGCCGAUUCGGAAGCAAAUCAUGGGGUUUCAGGGACCAGCACCGAGGACGAAACAUCCCCUGAUUUGUUGAAGAACACGCCAUCAAACAUUGCGAGGUUGGAGGAUGUAAUAGAGCACUCCAAGGGCCGACAGAAGUAUCUUGCUGUGACUUCAAGUCCGUCAGAUGGGAGCGAUGUGAGGUGGUACUUUUGCAAGGUCCCAUUGGCUGAAAAUGAGCUAGCUGCUUCGGUCCCUCGCACUGAGAUUGUGGGGAAGGGUGACUAUUUUCGUUUUGGAAUGAGAGAUUCUCUUGCAAUGGAGGCAUCGUUCUUACAGAGAGAGGAAGAGCUGCUUUCUAGUUGGUGGAAAGAGUAUGCAGAAUGCAGCGAAGGCCCUAGGGCACGGGCCAUCUCCAGUAAGGAGUCAGAUAUGCAAUCUAAUACAUCUUGUUUGGAGGCUUCUCGAUCAACCCAGUUAUAUGAAAAUGAAGAAGAGAGAGUUGGUGUUCCUGUUAAGGGAGGGCUCUAUGAGGUAGAUUUGGUCAAAAGACAUUGCUUUCCUGUGUACUGGAAUGGGGAAAAUCGGCGUGUAUUAAGAGGUCACUGGUUCGCUCGUAAGGGGGGCCUAGAUUGGCUUCCACUUCGCGAAGACGUGGCCGAACAAUUAGAGGCUGCAUAUCGGAGACAGGUUUUUUACUAUUUUGAUUUUAUUUAUCUUUUUGGGUUAGUUGAGCUAAAGUUGGGCCAGAAGUCUUCCCAGGGAAAGAAAAGGAGCAAGAUGUUCAACCGAAUAUUUAUCCCUGAAGGCAUAGAAGCUGGAGGAUGGUGGAGAGUGAUGAAAUUCAUGUUCGAGAUUGCAGAAAUCCCAUUGGUUCAUCCAGAAGAAAGAGGUAGUAUGCCCAAACCUUCUUUGUUGGGAUACCCGGGACCUGUUAUUAUUCCUUCUGCGCUGGUGGUUCUCUAUUGCCCCCACUGCAAACAGGGGUUUCAACAGGAGGCAGUACCAAUAGGAGGGAAAACUUUCAUUGAGACUCUACAGGCAGGUGCGGCGCCUGUUAUUCGGGUAGGGCAGAAGCUCCCAAACUCGACUCGAACCCGGGAAACACAUUUAAGGCUUUGCCCGGAUGACCACAAGGUAGAACUUGCUGGGCUUGACUCUACAGACCCAGUCCCGAUGCUCUGUCCAUUAGGUAAGUCAAAGUUUACAAGAGAAGAAAAAAGGAAGUUGGUUGAGCAUGUCAAGCCAAGUAAAGAGGCCGUGAGGAAAAAAAGGCCCGAGAAGGUUCCUGUUCGGCACCUUGUUUUUAUGGUUCAUGGUAUUGGUCAGAGGUUGGAGAAAUCUAAUUUGGUUGAUGAUGUUGGCAAUUUUCGCCAUAUCACAGCAAGUCUUGCAGAAAGCCACCUUACUUCACAUCAGCUUGGAACUCAGAGAGUUCUUUUUAUCCCAUGUCAGUGGAGAAAGGGUUUGAAGCUUAGUGGUGAGGCUGCGGUUGAGAAAAUUACUUUGGAUGGUGUACGGGGUUUGCGUGUCAUGCUGAGUGCAACAGUUCAUGAUGUAUUAUAUUACAUGAGUCCCAUCUACUGUCAGGAUAUUAUUAAUUCGGUCUCAAACCAAUUAAAUUGGUUAUAUUUAAAAUUUCUAAAGCGGAAUCCUGGUUAUGAUGGGAAGGUUUCCAUAUAUGGUCAUUCCUUGGGAAGUGUUCUCUCUUAUGAUAUACUCUGCCACCAAGAGAAGCUAUCAUCCCCGUUUCCCAUGGAUUGGAUGUUUAAAGAAGAUGCUGGAAAUGAAGGCUCUUCUUGUAUGAAUAACCAAUCCUCCACACAUACCUCAAAAAAUACUGGAGAUAAUAGCUUCACUUUAAUGAAUGAAAGUAAGGACAUUGUACACAAUGUUGAUGAGGAUGUUGUGAGUAUAGGAUCAACUAUACUGGAACAUGAAGAAGAAUGUGCUGAAGAUUCUUCCUCUACCGUGAGUCCUAAUGCACAGAUUGAUGAAACUUUGAGGAGUGUUGAUUCUGAGAGAAUGCAGGGCACAGAAGGUGUUCAUGACUUGACCAAUAUCUCUUCCCAAGAGGAUGGUCAAGAUGUAGAUGUGAAUUUGAACUCUGGUGUCCCAGAAAAUAGUUUGGAGGAAAAAGCUGAUGAAGAAUGCAAAUGCGAUAGUGAUAAGGACAAAACAAUCAAAUUGCUGAGAGAAGAGAUUGAUUCUUUAAAAGCGAAAAUGGCUGAACUUGCCUCACAUUCUUGUAGGAGAGAGGCAGAUGAUAGGUUACUUCAAGAAAGUAAAGAGGUGCCCGAGGCCGAGCCAAAUCGACUCUUAACAGAAAAACUGCCACCCAUAUCUGAGGAUUCACCAAAAAGUUAUACCCCUUAUAUUAAAUACACAAAGCUUGAAUUCAAGGUUGACACAUUCUUUGCAGUUGGAUCACCUUUAGGAGUAUUCCUUUCUCUCCGGAAUAUUCGUAUUGGAACGGGCAAAGGGCAGGAAUACUGGUGUGAGGAAAACAUCAAUGAAGAGAUGCCAGCUUGUCGUCAAAUGCUCAAUAUUUUUCAUCCAUUUGAUCCUGUAGCCUAUAGAAUAGAACCACUUGUUUGCAAAGAAUACAUCACCAAACGCCCAGUUAUUAUUCCUUACCACAGAGGUGGAAAGAGGUUGCACAUUGGAUUUCAGGAACUUACCGAAGAUUUGGCUGCUCGUUCACAGGCGGUAAUAGAUCAAUUCAAUUUUGUAAGGGCAAAGGUGCUUAGUGUUUGCCAAUCAAGAAGCAUGGAUAACCUAGAAGAGAGAGCAGAAAAGGCUGAAGAAAAAGAAGAGAGAUCCUAUGGUUCUAUAAUGAUGGAGAGGCUGACUGGAAGUGAUGAAGGGAGAAUAGAUCAUGUUCUCCAAGAUAAGACUUUUGAACAUCCUUAUCUACAAGCCAUCGGAGCACAUACAAAUUAUUGGAGAGAUUAUGAUACGGCACUUUUCAUACUGAAGCAUUUAUAUCGGGAUAUACCUGAAGAUCCUCACAUACUCGAGGAAUUAUCUCGGGUAGGCAAUGGUGGCAGUGGAAGUGCAUCCCAAAGCUGGACUGAUCAAAGAGAGGCUGCUGAUGAAGAACUUCCUCUGACAUUUUCUAACAGAAAUAUUGUUAGAAGUUUCUCAAAGAAGGCUAAGAAGUUUAUAAAAUCAUAAACAUAGUCAUGUUAGCGUCAGUGUGAGACCCAAUUGGAGGAUGGUUCAGUUACAACAUGGUUUUAAUUCUGUAGUUGACGCAAUGGAGAUAAUUGUUGAAAUAGUUGACUGUACAUUUUUUUUCUGUAAUGUGAUGUGCAUAAACAAUCAUUACCAUACGGAGAUGUGGACUCAGGCUAGUAUAUUCUAAUGUGAUGCCGUAAAGACUGAAAGGUGAAUACUGUGCAGUUGAACAGAGGAA